UUCUUCCUCCUCCGCUCCUGUUCCCUUCCGGAAUCGAAGAGAUGAGAUCAAUCUCUAUGUGAUUCAUCCGUCUCCGUCUCCGCCUCAGUCUCCUACUGCGCAAUCCGUGUCGGUCUUCCAGUACCAACUCCACCGCAGCUCCGAUAAAUACUAGUAGCAGUAGUGUUAGAUCCCAUCGAGAUGUCAGACGACGGUCUUCUUCAAUCUUUGUUCGGCAAGUUCUAUCACGACGAGUCCCUGCGUCCUCCGCCGGAAAGCGGCGAUGACGGGGAAGGGGAGGAUGAUUGCUGGGACCGGCGUGAAGCCCUCGUCGACAACGCCGCGUACAUGAUCGACGAGCGCAACCACACCACCGCGAGCUGCCCCAUCGCCAGGAAGGUCAGGGGCGGCGGCGUCAAGCAGGACAUGAUGCAGGUCACCUUCUGCCUCUCCCGGCCACCACGUGUUUCAUACUUCUGCAUGUCCUACGCCAGCAGGGACCCCAGCCAGUUCCGCUGCGAGCCCACCAUCUUCGCGGCGGAGGGUAACCUCGCCGUCAUCGGCCUGAUACACAACUGGACCUUCCACAACGCGCGGAGCUGCGUCUAUUUCGUCUACCGCGCCCCAGUCCUUGGCAAUGAAGGCCCUCUUCUCACGCUGCUUCCGCACCCUCCCAGCGAGGUGUUUCCGGAGCAGUAUGAAUCUGAAUGCCAGUUGGGCCAUAACGAAAUUGGCAUCCUCCGCUACGGUUCCGCUUCCACCCCUGCCCCUGCCCUUGCCGGCCGUCCCAAAUCCGACACCAUCGGCGACGACUAUGAAUAUGAUGCCUACAAGAUCGCAACGCUUUGCUACUAUGGUACUAAUCAGUACGUACUCUACAUCUACGAUUCCGUCGCUGACGCUUGGAGCCGCGCAUCCGCUGCCUUUCCACGGCCGCAGAACGCUCCUCCCGAGCAUCUCUGCGACAGGGUCAUCACCGUGGGAGGCGCCAUGGGCUGGGUCGACCUCUCGCAUGGCAUGAUCCUUUGCGACGUGCAUGUCCCCUCUCCUGCUGGGCCCGGCCCCAGGAUGCUCCGCUACGUGCCGCUGCCGGAGACAAUGCAGCCGGACAACGACCUCCGUUUUCGUGCCAUCUCGUCCUUCUUCCGGGACAUCGCCGUGGUGAACGGUCGGAUCAAGUUCGUCGACCUUCAGCUCCAUGCCAGCCCGGGCUCGCGCACCCCGAAUGGCUGGACGGCCGUUACAUGGAGCAUGGCGCCCGGUGAUUCGGGUUUCACCAAGGAGAGGGAGCUGAAUUCCCGUGAUAUGGUCAACCCCAUGGAGCCGUCCCUGUUUGUUGCUCACCCCACGCUCAGCUCCCAUGAUGAUGAUGUCCUCUACCUGAUGACCAAGACCAGCAUGGAUGACAGUGCGUCACAGGUGAUCGCCGUUAACAUGAAGAACAAGAAGCUGGAGCAAGCCGCAAAAUACACCACGCAGAGAGAAGCUUGCAUGGACUUCGCGUACACGCGCACUACCAUCUCCAACUUUCUCGGUCGAGAUUCAAAGGGCAACGCAAAGCGACCCGGACCGGUGUUACAGGGAUCCUUUCGGAAGAAGCUGCAUGCGAUCAAUCCCAGCAACGAUCUGCCUACGCUGGGUGAUGAAGGGGACACUAUGGACUGGGAAUAGAUGUGAAUUCAUGUUUGGGUAGGGCACUGUUGUUUUUCGUGGCCAAUAAUAAUAUCAAUGUUAGAAUAAUCCGAGACGCUUCA